GAUUAGAUAUCAACAACAUUGAGGGUGAACUCGCCGAUCUGUGGUUUCCGUGCCUAUCAAAGGUAUCAUCAAAUUGCUUGCCGCCCAGGUAUGUGAAAAACGAUACGGAAACGGAUAUUAAACGAAAAUCUCGUGUCUGUAAGUUGUGAUUUGGGCUUUCACGUACCGGUUUCUGCUAGCGGUGACAUACAUACCCUGAUGGCGUAGGUCGUACUUCACGAUUGAUCUGGAACAAGGACCAUAUGCUGUCAUGUGGCGUGAUAGCAUCUGAGAGAUACGACCAAGAAAAAGACCAAUUCCGGCAGUAUUGUAACUGUAGAUAGGCCAAUUCAGCAACGAGUUUAUUGGUAACCCAAUACUUGGACCCUGACAUUUCUUGCCUAUCAAGUUUGUGGGAUUCAAGAUCGGUGAACAGCUGAGGCUUUGAGAGGGGCCAUCAACGUCGACGCCUAUCGUGCCUAUUCGGUACUCGUACGAAGAAGGAGAUUGUUAAACAUUGCUAAUCCAACCCAGCACUUUGCCCCUCCUCCCAACUGUUGGCCAUUUAUUUAGUAUAUAUAUGCGAGUCCCGAAGAUUGCAUCAAAGAUGUCAUUAACGUUCUGAUUAUUUUCCUUUAGCACACAGCCUUUGCACCUCUCAAAACUCAAUAUUACCGUAUUAUUCCUCUGAAUACACAAUAUCAAGAUGGGUUCCGUUGGAGAUCUCGAACUUGCGCUUUCCAAGAUUACAGAGGCAGCUAAGGUAGCUGAUGAGCACACACGCAAAAAUCUCAUCAAUCAACUUCGAAAGACGGCUGUGUCUCUUGAGACGCCUGGUGAAACUAUCCAGCGGCUUAUAUACCUUCCAUUUGCUAAUGCGCUCCUUGUUAAGGCAAUUCAACCUGCACUUUGCCGUGCUGGUAAUGAUCUCGAUCUCUUCAAGAUUUUAGCCGAUAACGGUGGUCCCAUGACUACGACAGAAUUAGCAGAGAAGACCAAAUGUGACCCUCUACUCUUAAGUCGAAUUCUAAGGUUCUUGGCAUCGACAGAUAUUGUGACAGAGGUCGGAGUAGAGACAUUUAUCGCAGACAAUAUCACAAAGGCACUAGCCAAACCUGGCCUCAAAGCUGGAAUGAACCACACCUUCGAUAGUGUUGGUCCAGCAUUUCAAGCUCUCCCAGAGUUCUUCAAGGACACUGGGUACAAGAACCCUGAUGAUGCAUCUUACUCACCAUUUCAUCCGGGACACCGCACAGAUCUCCCAUUAUUCGAAUGGUUCCAGCAAAACCCAGAGAAAUUUGGCUUCUUCAUGGAGUGGAUGACUGCCCAGCGAGAAGGAAUGGAUGUAUGGUUGGACUUGUUUCCCUUUGAGGAUUAUGUCAAAGACCUUGACCCAGCCCAAGUUAUGUUUGUUGAUGUUGGUGGUGGAAUUGGUCACAAAUGCUUGGAACUCAAGACUAGAUUUCCCUCUCUCGAGGGCGAAAUCAUUCUUGAGGAUCUUCCAAUAACUUUGAAGCACGCUUUAUCCAUCGAUGGCAUCAAAGCUUUACCACAAGAUUUCUUCACACCACAACAAAUCAAGAAUGCCAGAUUUUAUUAUAUGCGCAACAUUUUGCACGACUGGCCAGAUGACAAGUGCAAGAUCAUUUUGGACCAUCUCCGUGAGGCAAUGGGCCCAAAUUCUGCCAUCCUAAUUGAUGAGAUGGUUCUUCCCAACAGCGGCACCAAUCACCAGGCCAUGAGCAUUGAUAUCACUAUGAUGGCAGCUUUGUCGGCAAUGGAACGUACUCAAAAUCAAUGGGAGAAGGUUUUAGACUCAGCUGGUCUAAAAGUAUUGAAGACCUAUACCUAUACCGAGUCAUUGAGAGACAGUGUCCAAGUUGUUGUGGCCAAAUAGAUGAUUUGGGUAAUUUAUGGAUGAAGAAUAACCUUUGCAUAAUAUCAUUCUCACAAGGUAGACUAUGUAUAUAGUAGUUCUGUUUAAUAAACCAGAUGGUACUCGUCAUAAAGUGGUGUGAAAUUUAGAAUGUCGAUUUGAACAACUCGGAGCGAAUGCUGUCGAGCUGAUCUAUGGAGUCUGUUUGGGACAGUUUGUGAAGGAAUCCAACUGUUUAAUGAAUAAUGUGGUAUUUAGCCGUAAAGAGUGAUUUUUCAUUGCUGAUUGCAUAUUGAAAUUGCAUAUCAGGUAGCACCAAGUUUAAUUAUAGAAUCAAUAACUGUACAGACCAAUCAAAUGAUUAGCUCGAAGUAUUAAUAAUCAUGAUUGUAUGAUUGUUGUGUGA